AUGAAGCGCAAGCUGCCUUCGUGGGUCGAGGAGCAGGCAGAAACAGAGACAGUACACAAGUCGCCAAAAGUCCUGCUGGAGGAGGACGAAGCUGCCACAAAGGAAGAAGAAAGCGAUGAAGAAGACUACUUGAGCAUGACGUUCGAUACUGGCGAAAAGGCCAGCUCUUUAUUAUCCAAACAUGACCGCGAGCGUUUGAAGCGUGCCGACAAGGGACGCGAGAGACAACCGACAGAAGAAGAGAGGGCUCAUCAGGCGCGUGAAGAAGCGCUCGCUAAGCCCAUCCAUGCUGUUCCGACCUUGUCAAAGGCGAUGCGCAUGAUGAACAAGAUGGGCUAUCAAGAGGGCACUGCACUAGGCGUCCAAGAGUCCUUCCAGAAGAACGCCCUCAAGGAACCUCUCGCACCCUCUGUGCUCGCUGAACGCGGCGGCAUUGGCUUGGCGGCAGAACAAAAGAGACAAUUCAUGGCACAAGUAGAAGCUGUCGAGGCGGAAGAACACGCUACAGAAGAAGGCUAUCGGGAAGCAGUACGAACAGAAAAGGAGACACGACGGCUUGAAGGUCAAUUACACGCUGCUCAGGGCGUUUGUGAGCGGCUUGACGUGGACACACUCGGUGAAGAAGCAGUCACUGCAAUGCAUCGUGUCAAUGUGCUUUGGCGAUCGCGUGUAAGACACCGGCAGGCGAAAGAGCGAGAGCGGUUGCUACGGCAGCAGAUGCUGGACCAUGCGCUCAGCUUCACGAAUCGGCAAUUCAAUGAUGAAGAUGCACUGGAGCAUAUAAAUGAAGAUGCUGCAGUUGACGAAGAGCAGAUGAUGGAGCGGCGGAGGAAGCUGAGAGCCACACUGGAGGAAGAGGGAGAAGAAGAAGCAGACGAGGAGCUGGAUGCAUUUGAGGCUUUGGAUGUCGGUGAGCGUUUGGACCGCGUCUUGAUCUAUCUGCGCGAAACAUACAGCUACUGCUUCUGGUGCGGGCACCGGUACAAGGACAAGCAGGAGCUGGAUGAGCUGUGUCCUGGGCCGCAUGAGGAAGCCCAUUAG